AUCUCGUCCUGUACCUUUCCAUAAUCACAUGCUCUGGGUCCCUUGUCGAGAAGAAAAGGUGUCGGACUCGUCCACACAAGUCAGAAUUGAGCACAACUUCCUGCCCAAAUGUCAGCUCAAUACUCAGAAGUUGUUCUUUAUCUCAACUCUGAAGGGGUGAGGAACCUAGAAUAUGGCAUUAACUUCAAAAACAACCCAAAGACUGGUAAGAAAUAUAUCAUAUACAAGGAUAAAUAUGGUCUUAAGGCUUGCAAGAACCAGUGCAAACAUCAAGGAGGCUCUUUCAUAAAGGACAUAGAAGACUUAGAUGGCAGAACAGUGCGUUGUACAAAACAUCACUGGAAGCUGAACACCUCAACAAUGCAGUAUGUUAACCCCCCAGACAGCUUCACACAGGAGGAACUUAGUAUCGAGAUACUAGCUGAGGGGGAUCUUCAGUUGGUGGAGCUGUUCCCACCGGAGCCCUGGCUGUCAGAUCCUCGAGAUACUCUGGAACUACAAGAGGGAGAAGUGACUGUGACCUACUUCACCCAUGCCUGCAUGGAGCUCUGCCUGGGGGGGCGAAGGAUGUUGUUCGACCCCUGGCUGACAGGCCCAGCCUUUGCGAGGGGCUGGUGGUUAUUCCAUCAGCCUCCUGCUGACUCCAUGGACAGAUUGUGCAGCGCUGACCUCAUCUAUAUCAGCCACAUGCACUCUGACCACCUCAGCUACCCCACCUUGAAAACAUUGUCUGAGAGAAGACCAGAUCUCCCUAUCUAUGUCGGUAACACCUCAAGGCCAGUGUUCUGGUACCUGAAAAACAGCACACUCAAACUGACAAAUAUCAACGUGGUCCAAUUUGGCGUUUGGCUAAAUAUUGACGAGCAGUUGAGGUUUAUGAUUCUGACAGAUGGCGUCCAUCCCGAAAUUGACACCUGUAUCUUAGUGGAGUACAAAGGUCACAGGAUUUUGAAUACGGUGGACUGCACCAACCCAAACGGGGGGCGACUGCCCCGCAACGUGGACCUGAUGAUGAGCGACUUCGCCGGUGGGGCAUCCGGGUUCCCUAUGACCUUUGAAGGGGGCAGGUACACAGACGAGUGGAAGGCAGACUUUAUCAAGACUGACAGAAGGAAACUUCUGAACUACAAGGCCCAGUUGGUAAAAACUCUGCAACCCAGAAUCUACUGUCCAUUUGCAGGCUACUUUGUAGAAGCCCAUCCCUCAGACAGGAACAUCAAGGACAUGAACAGGAAAAACACAGCAGAGGAGCUCAAUGCCCUGAUCAGGAAGACUGACCCAGGGAUCAUAACCUGGACUCCAAAGCCAGGCGCUGUGCUGGAUCUGGGCUUGGCUUUGAGAGACCCAAUGAACAGGAAGGCCAUCACCGAACCUCCGGCUGGUACAAAGAUCUAUAAGGACAGCUGGGAUUUUGAUAUGUACGUGAGCCAAAUCAACAGCUCCAUCACUGCCGAGAUGUUUCGAGAUGACAGCUGGAUACCGGUUUAUUACACCUGGGCUGGCUUUAAAAACUACGAGCUAGUUGUGCGGGUCAUUGAGACAGAUGAUGACUUCAAGCCCGUUGGCUAUGAAUAUCUUGUGGACUUCCUGAAUUUGACUUUUCCCACAGAGAGGCCCACAAGAGAACAUGCAUACAUAGAGAUAAAGAGCAGGAUUGGAGUCAUGAGACAUGUGGUUCUGAACGGUCUGCUAUGGGACCACCUGUACAUCGGUUUCCAGAAUCGCAUCAGCAGAGACCCAGACGUCUACCACCACAGGUUCUGGAACCACUUCCAGACAGGGUUGCCCACAACUGGACCUGAUUGGGACCAGUUCCUCCUGCAGAAGCUUUCUGAACCAAAACCCAACAUGGUCACACAGGGGGGAAAACACAAUGGCUACACAUACGGGUGUGCAUUGUCAUAGCUGUGGUGCUUCCAUGUUGUAUUGCACAAAACCAAUGAGAAGGGUUUCAGCACUAAUUAAUUUGUAUUGACAAUCAUGACAUAUCAGGUUUUUGUCUCGCAAAGUAGUUCCUUAACUUCAUACAUACACAGUCACCCAUUAAGUUCAUUCAUACACAAAGGCUAAGAAAUAUACACAGCGAACUAAUCCACUGUAAUUCUAUUUUAUUUUUAUGUGAAUUAUGGUGGAAGGUAUAUGUUUAUUACAUGCAAAUACUGAUGUAACACAACUGUUGAUUUCUGAGACUCUAUUUGUUAAUUUAGAGACUUAAAAGAUUUGCUACAGAAUGUAUUCACUGUAUAAAUAAACUGAAAGUGAAAGGUU